CGCUCCGUCCGCGCACGCGAGAGAGCCACUCGUCUCAUCCGUGGAUUCUACUGCUCAUCUGCGUAUCGUCUCCAAACCCUGCACUCGGGAUACUGUGGCUGCAUCCUCUCACUUUCACACUUUUACCACCUCCCUCUCUAUUAGCCCGUCUUUUCUCUCUCUCUCCCCUCCUCCCCCCUCUUCUUUCCCCACCUAUCCUCCUUCCUCCUCAUCAUUCCCGAGCAUCCUCCUCUCCUCGCAAGUCUUCCUGCCUGCCUGGAUAACUUUUUUUUUUUUUACCCCGCUCCCAGACUCCAUCCCGCACAGUUUACCCUGCUCCUCCUCCUCCUCCUCCUCCUCCAUCGCUCAUCGACACCCUCUCGACAGUUUCUCGUGCUCUUGCCGCAGCAACGUCCUCUCCCCUGGAUCGGGCGGAACCCAUUUGGUCGGUCUUGCACGGGGCACUGCUACAUGGGGCGCACGGUGUCGCUCGGAAAAUGGUGUGCUGUCGGCGUGUAGGCGCCCCGCUGAACCUGUUGGGAUUGGAGUUGCGCGUGUGUUCCUCUUGCCCUCCACUGCUGUGCCGCUGUCGGGGCCACUGAGACAUGUCCGUGCAGGCGGCGGCGCCGGCACCGCUCGCGGAGCCGCGGCGGCUGCGCCAGUGGAGCGGGGCGGCGGGAGGCUGGCUCCGGAUCACCCUCGUCUCCUUCCUCGCCACUUUACCUGUGGAGCAGCUGCGCGCGUUCCCUUCCUCCCUCAGCGACUGCCAGACGCCGACCGGUUGGAACUGCUCCGGUUUCGAUGACCGGGACACGGACCUUUUCUUGUGUGACACCAACACGUGCAAGUUUGACGGCGAGUGUCUAAGGAUUGGGAACAUGGUGACAUGCAUUUGUGACUUCAAGUGCAACAACGACUAUACCCCAGUGUGCGGCUCCAACAAUCAGAACUACCAGAACGAGUGUUUCCUGCGUCGGGAUGCCUGCAAGCAACAGUCUGAGGUGCUGAUCGUGUCGGAGGGAGCGUGUCCUGCUGAUGCCGGCUCAGGAUCAGGAGAUGACGGAGGCGAGGGCUCCGCCGAGGCAGGACAGAAGGAGACAUCCACCUGUGACAUUUGCCAGUUUGGGGCAGAGUGCGACGUGGACGCCGAGGACGUCUGGUGCGUGUGUAACAUCGACUGUUCCCACAUCAGUUUCAACCCGGUGUGUGCCUCGGACGGCCGUUCCUAUGACAACCCCUGCCAGGUGAAGGAGGCGUCCUGUCAGAAACAGGAGCGCAUCGAGGUCAAGUACCUGGGCCACUGCCAAGGUGACAUCAUCACCGGCAACAAAGGUGGCGAUGGACACUUUGCACGGACUGACCUCACAGAGAACAAUGAGGACCCGAGGAAUGGCCUGGCCCGCGGGCUCUACAUCCCCUGUCCAGAUGACUACAAAAACUACUGCGUCCAUGGAGAGUGUCAGUUCCCGAGUAUACUGGCCAAGCCCUCCUGCAGCUGUCACUCAGGUUUUCAGGGACCUCAGUGUGACAUUAAAGAGUACAACGUCCUCUAUGUGGUGCCAGGCUCCGGCAAACUGCACUACGUCCUCAUUGCCUCUAUCAUUGGAGCUCUCCAGGUGGUCAUCAUCUGUGUGGUGGUGCUCUGCAUUACCAGGAAGUGUCCACGGACCAACAGGAUCAACCGGCAGAAGCAGAACAAUGUCCACUUCAGUUCAGAGAACACCAUGCGCGCCUCCACUCGACUUAUCUGAGCCCGGGCACACGGUCCUCCUCCGUUUUUUGACGGAGUGCUAAGGCGUUUGAUGUUCCCCCCCUUGUAGGCCAACCCUGAAAAUUAGGAACUGCUUCCCCUCACUCCUCGCCCUCUCGCCCAGUACGAACUCUAGGAAUGCCCGCAGAGGACGGGGACAUGGCAAGGACAGAGCUGCAGCACUGGUCACCGGCGACCCCCACCCUUGGAGUCAUGUUUUAAUCAGUCGCCAGUUACCGAAUCGUGUCUCCUCGCACCUUGUCGCUUCCACCCACUUCCAGGGUUUUCCUGAAAAAAAUGAACCAUGAGGUGUUUGGGGACACUGAGGAUAUUGAAUGUGUGUGUGUGAGUCUGAGUGUGUGUGAGUCUGAGUGUGUGUGAGUGAGAGUUAGAAGUGUGAGCUUUGGUAGAGACGAGCUAGCCAGUAUCUGUCGUUUGUAGAUGAGGGGUUAAAGCAAAAUCAGGGUAGUGCAAAGCAGGGUAAGGGGCUUUAAAUGAGGUGUGUGAGUGAGUGUGUGUGUGUGUGUUGUAUGG